GGCUGCACCCUCGGAAACCUCCAGAGAGAAAACCCACAGGGUAUGGCCACGGCUGAGUGGCAGAGCCGGGGGUCCCCUGUGUUCCCUUUGUCUUCCCCAGCCCAGGCCAUCACCCUCAUGGACACCAUGAAUGAUCUGUACAUGGAGUUCAACGCAGCCGUGCGCAAGGCUGAAUCCAGCCAGGAAUACCGGGACAACUUCCACUUCAAAACGCUGCAUUUCCUGCUGACCCAGGCCCUGCAGAAGCUGAGGAACACUCAGAGACCACCAUGUUACCACGUGUACCGGGGCGUGUGCGGGCUCCGGUUUGAGGCAGAGCAAGAUGACACUGUGAGGUUUGGUCAAUUCACGUCGGCGUCACUGAGCACAAAAAGUGCCCAGACAUUCGGGGUACACACGAUGUUCCACGUGCAGACCUGCCACGGCACGGAAAUCCAUAAUUUCUCCAAGUAUCCUGACGAGAAGGAGGUGCUGAUCCCACCCUUCGAGACCUUCAAGGUCAUUGAAGUCAGCCAGGAAGGGGACAAGGUGUUGAUCCAGCUCCGCUCCAGCGGGACCUUCAGCAGAUACAACUGCGAGUGGCUGCGAGGUGGGAGCAUCCCCAUGGCCCCCCUCCACCUUGGAGGACUCCUCCUGGCCACCACAGCUCUGGCAGUGGCAACUGGGAUCCUCUGA